CACAGGGAGAGAGAGAGAGAGAGAGGCAGGCGCCUGAUCUUAUUCGUGCCGUUCAGUCUUUUAGUUCUGAUCGACUAGCUUGUUGUUUCUCAGGCUCGGUAACUGUGUGUGCAUUUAUCAUUUGGACGAAUCUGCGUUUUAAAGGUUUUUUCUGGAUAUUCCGAGCGUCGUAAUAUUUUAAAGCACACAUUCAUCAGGAAACACAAGCGCUUAAGAUACUUUGCAGUUUCUCAGACGUGGAUUUAUACGCUGGUGCCAAUUGGAUCAGAGCUGCGGAUUUGGUUUCAAACGCGUCUGCUUGAAGAAAAAGGAACACGAUGAGAUCCAGAGGAACCGGGUCGACAUAAAAUCAGAUCGUGCGGAUUAAUAUCGGACCACUGUAUGGAUGUUUAAUUAUUUUAGGUUAUACCCUGACAUCAGUGCGAACGCGUUAUCUGCAGGGUGCGGGAAGAUUUUAGGGUUUUUCUUGGAUCGCACAAGGUUUUUACUUUCCUUCGGUGUCGGUUCGGCUGGUGAAAUAAUAAAGACUGGCGCAUGAAACAGAUCGCCUGCGCGUCUCGUGCUCGCCGCUUCUCCGCCGCGUACUCUCCGGCUGCGGACUCGGACCCCGGGAUCUUCAUGAUUUGCGGACAAAAUGGCCGUUUUUUAGCCGGGGAACCCUCUUGCCGUCCCGCAUGUUCAGGACCAAACGAUCGGGGCUCGUCCGGCGACUCUGGAGGAGCCGCGCGCCCGUGGAGGGCGACGGCGACGCGGACACCGGGACGCGCGGCAGUGGCACCGCGGGCUGCUGCCUCGUUAAACCGGGCGUCGGUGGUAAGCCGAACCCCGGCACCGAGGCCGAACUGAAAGCCCUGACAUACUCCAUCCUGAAGAAGAUCAAAGAGAAACAGCUGGAGUUGCUUUUACAGGCGGUGGAGUCCAAGGGGGGAGCGCGGAGCUCCUGCUUCCUCCUGCCCGCUAAAGUAGACGCCAGACUGGGUCAACAGUCGUACCCGCUCCCGCUGCUGCUCUAUAAAGUGUUCCGGUGGCCGGACCUCCGGCAUUCCACGGAAUUAAAAAGACUAUCGUGCUGUGAAUCUUAUGGGAAAAUCAACCCGGAGCUCGUGUGCUGCAACCCGCAUCAUAUGAGCAGACUGUGCGAGCUCGAAUCCCCCCCACCCCCCUACUCAAGAUAUCCCACCGACUUUCUUAAACCACCUGAUUCUCCAGGUUCGGUCCCUGCUUCCACUGAAACCGGGGGAACGACUUAUUCAGCCCCUAUGGGGUUUUCAGAUUCUCUGGCUCUUCAGGAACGUGGAGAACAGCCUCACUGGUGUGUAGUGGCGUACUGGGAGGAAAAGACCCGCGUGGGGCGUCUCUAUUCCGUCCAGGAGUCGUCUUUGGACAUUUUUUAUGACCUACCUCAAGGCACGGGCUUUUGCCUGGGCCAACUCGCCUCCGACAACAAGAGUCAACUGGUGCAAAAGGUUCGGGCCAAGAUCGGCUACGGCAUCCAGCUCAGUCGCGAAGCCGACGGCGUUUGGGUGUACAACCGGAGCUCUUAUCCGAUAUUCAUCAAGUCAGCCACACUGGACAACCCAGACUCGCGUACGCUUCUGGUGCAUAAAGUCUUUCCCGGAUUCUCCAUAAAGGCCUUCGACUUCGAGAAGGCGGGAAGCCUGCAGAGACCCAACGACCACGAGUUCAGCCUGCAGCCGCAGACGGGUUUCACCGUGCAGAUCAGUUUCGUAAAGGGCUGGGGGCAAUGCUACACGAGACAGUUCAUCAGUAGCUGCCCCUGCUGGCUGGAGGUCAUAUUUAAUAAUCGAUAACGCCCCAUUCCUUCAUCGCCAUUGAAACGGACUAGCCCUUACCUUUUGCGGACUAUGUUGUUUUUUUCGCGCGACGCUGACGAGACCUCCGGAGGGAAUGCGCGAGAAAACGCGGACUUAACUUUAAUAAAUGACUUUAUUGAGAAUUUAAGUGAAAUUAAAGCUAAAAUGUAUUUUAUGUUAAAUAUAAAUAUAUUAUUACGUGUAAAUAUGAAGUUUUAUAUGCAUUGUUAUUUAUGUAUUGUGCAAUGUGUUGAUGGGACAAUAAGAAGAUGCACUUUGCUUAAUAUAAAUGCAAACAAAGAAAUGCCAAAAUAAAAAAAAAAAUACAGAA